AUGAUAAGUGCCAGUAGUGUUUUAAAUGAUGAAACACUCUUUUUAUUGAAAAAAUUUCAAAAGUCUAAUGAAACAACAAUAAUAAAAACAUUAGAUGAACUAAAGAGAAAUAUAUUAUUGGAACCAUUUAUUUCAACCAAGAAAGAGCAACAAGCAUUUUCUUUACAUUUUUCUAAUAUAUUUACAACAUUAUCAACACAUAAAUCAUCAAAUGUUAGACUUAAUCUUUUCAUUUGUUUAUCAGAUGGGAUAUUACAAUCUCCUCAAGGGAAAAACAUGAUUAGUUUUUGUAUAAGUGAGAUUAUUCCAUGGUGGCUUUUAUGUUGUCAUGAUUCAGUAAAAGAAAUAAGUGAAGCAGCAAAGAAAGCAUUGAAUAUUCUUUCAUUUGAAGGAAGACAAAAAGUUAUUACUAGUAAUAUUAGUCAAAUACUUCGUUUAGUUUCAAGUAAUGAAUAUGAUUUAAUUUCAAGAAUGGGAUGUCUUGCUACGAUACUACCAAAUAUUAAUAUUAGUAAACUUUCUUCAUAUGGUAAAUCACAUUUAGAAAAUUCAAUUAAAUCAUUAAUAGAAUCAUAUGGAUCUAUUACAAAUGAAGUAUAUUUUUCAAGUAUUGAUGCAGCACUAAUAACAUGUAAUUUUAUUGUAAUGGAACGGUUUGAAUCAUUAAAGAAUAUAAUAGUUAAAACAAUUGAUGAAUUACAACCAUUUUCAAAAUAUUCAAAACAAUUAUUUUUAUGUAUAACUUCAUUAUUAGAAAAUGGAGCAAUAUUUAAUGAAGAGUUUUAUAAUAAAAUUAUUCAAUAUAUUUCAACAGCAUGUCUUGGAUCACUUUAUGUAUUUCCAACACUUAAAAGAUUACUUCCAUUUAUUAAAGAAAAAGAAUUAGAAAAAAAAUAUAUUGAAGGAGUAUUUAAAGCUAUAGGAGAUAGUCAUAUAAGAGGACCACAAAGAGCAGUUGUUAUUUUACAUUAUUUUGAAAGUAUUAAAUAUUUUAAAUAUACAAAUAUAAAUGAAUUAAUAGAAAUAAUGAAAUUAUUAUUAAAUGAUCCAGGAUCAAUUAUGAUAGAUUCAGGAUAUUCAUCAAUGGGAAUAUUUUUAACAAAAUUAAAUGAAACUAAAGAAAUUCAAGGAGUAUUAAGUUCAGCAGUAACAUAUUUAAGAAGAAGUGAAGAAAAAGAAUAUUUAAUACAUUUAAAUUGUAUGAAAUUUAUAGUAGAUAAAUGUAUUAAAAAUGAAUUUACACAAGGAUUUUCAUAUGAUUUGUUAAAAACAAUUAUUGAUAAAAAUGAAAAUGACCAUUUCUUUAAUGAUAAUGAAAUUGAUUUAAUUAUUUUUAUUCUUCAAAAAUAUCCAGCAACUGAAGAAGUUCAUCAAAUGAUUGUAAGACAAUUCCAACAUAUUUUUAUGUUAUCAAUAGAAGAAAAUAUUAAUGAAUUUGAUAUUAUUAAUGAUACUGUUGAAAUUAAUGAUGAAUUUUUGUCUUAUGUUAUUAAAAUGGAAGAUCUUCUUAUUCAAAGUAUUUCUUUUGAACCAUCUACUUCUAUUGGUUAUUUGUUAAAUCAAAUGUUCUUCAAUUUAUUCCCAAAACAUUAUGCAUUAAAUCAUUUAAAUUAUCUUCGUUUAUUUAUUAAUAAAUUAAAAGAACAACAAUUUAUUCAGACAAUUGUUCUUCAAAUUAAUCCUCUUAUUCAAUUAUUACUUCAUUCAUUUAAAUCUUCUAAAGAUAUUGUUCAAUCAAUUAUUUCUAUUUCUCCUCGUUUAUUAACUCCACAACAAUUAACAGAAUUAUUAUUUACUAAUUCAAUUAAUCAUCUUCAAGUUCUCUUAAAUGUUGAUUUAAUUAAUUAUUUAAUUAAAUCAACAAUAAAUAGUAAAGAAUUAUUAUUACAUAUUAUUAAAUCAAUUACUUCUCCUGACAUUUUUCUUCCAAUUCACCAACCUAUAAGAAAUGUUUUAUUAAAAUUACUUCCUUCUUUAAUUUCUUAUAUUGGAAUUGAACCAAUUCAUGAAAUGCUUAAAUCACUUUUAUUAUCUCCUAAUUGUACUUCAUUUUGUAUUUCAUUAACUUCUGAAAUUCCUCCAUUGCGUAAUUUAUUAAUUAAUGAUAUUAAAUUACUUCUUCCAUUAUCAUCAUUUAUUUCAUUAAUUCCUUCAUAUGCACAAAAUAUUAAAUCACCGUUAUUAAUCCCAAUGCCAUUCAUUAAUUCAUCUGAAUAUCCACAUUAUAAUAACACACUUUCUUUAUUAGUUAAAUUAUAUCAUUUAAAUAAUGAAGAAAUAAAAGAAGAUAAUGAAUAUAUUGAAUAUUGGUUAUUUGAUUCUUAUCAAAAAUUAACAAAUAGAAUUUCUGUUGAAAUUCCACAUUUACAACAAUUAAUACUUCUUCAAUAUUUAUUCAAAAAAAAUGAAAUUGAACAAUAUUUAAUUUUCCAUAUUAUUAAUCAACUUUCUUCUUGGAUUAAUUUAUCAAAAGAAAGUAUUGAAUAUUUAGCUCAUUUAUUUGAUUCUUCAACAUCUUAUUCCAUUAGAUUCUUUUUAUCAACAUAUCUUUCACCAUUACACAUUGAUUGGUUAGAGAAGAAAGUAAAUAUUAUUAUUAAAAAAUUCUUUAUGGUUAAUACUCAAUCAGAUCCUCAAGGAUUAAAAGAAUUAUCAAUUUUAUAUCCAUUAAUAUUCUUUCCAACUCAUUUAAAAAUGGUAUUUAAAUAUAUCUUUUCAUUAGAAAUUACUUCUGAAUUAGAACUUCCAUUUUUACAUAUUCUUCAUUAUGUUUUUUCUUCAUCUUGCUCAUUAUGUUUUGAGUCAUUAGAAAAUGAAGAAUCAUUAAGUUUAAUAUAUCAAUUUUUAUUAAAAAUAUUAACCUCUUCAGUAAGUUCUAACUUAAUGAAACGUGGAGCUUUACAAGUAUCACAAAUAUUAAUUACCCAUUCACUACCACCUAAAUUAUUAACUUCAGAGUCAGAAGGAAUUCAAUUAAGUUUUAAAAUAUCUUUAAUAGAUUUUAUUGUCAAUUCAAUUAUUAAUAAGUCAAAUACUCAAUUAAUUUCAGAGUUAUUACUUCAAACUGAUUUAUUAGCAGAAAUUGAUUUUAUGUCAGACUCUAUGAGAAAAUAUAUUCCUGAAUUAUUUAAAAUUCUUAAAGGAAAAGACUCUAUUAUUGUUAAAAUUUGUACUGGUUAUCUUAUUGGUGCUUCAAUGAACUUUAAAUCAGAUGAAACUUUUAUUGAUUUUGAUGAUAACGAACAACAAAAAUAUCAUCCAUUACCUCCUUCAUUAGAAGAAUAUUUAGAUAAAGCAAUUGAGUCAUUUAGUCAAUUUAAUACAUUAAAUAAAACUACUUUAAUUAUAUUCAUUCUUGGAAUGUUAAGAAAAAUUAAAGACUCUUCUACUGAAUAUCGUUCAUGGAUUGUUGCCUAUUUACAAGCACAUCAUUUUGAAUUAUUUAUUAAUAAUUUAUAUACACUUUUACCUGAUCAACAUGUCCCUCUUACUCUUUCGUCAGUACUAUCUUUACUUCAUUCUUUUAUUAAUGGUGAAGAUGAAGAUGAAAAUCAACUUCUUACUAAACAAAAUGAAAAUCAAAUUUUAAAUAUCUUAGCUUCAUAUUGUAUGUUUGUUAUUGUUCAGUCAUUCCCUAAUGUUGUUAGACAAUGGUGUCUUUCAUUAAGAAAAAGUGCUCCUAAAAUGGUAAAGAAAUUCUUUGAAAGAAAUAUUUGUCCAUUUAUUUUACAAGAAGAAGUUCAAAAAAUAUUAAGUUGGAAAGAAACUGAUGACUUUAUUCUUAGGCUUCAAUUAGAUGGUAAAGCAGUUACUGUUGUUUAUAAAAAUGAUGAACUUGUUUUUGAGUCUCAACUAAUUUUCCCUUCUACAUAUCCUCUUGAUAUGAUUACUGUUAAUGUUGCUUCUAAUAAAGUUAGUGUUUCUGAAGCAAAAAGUCAUUUAUAUAAAAGAAUGCUUACUAUGAAUUUAAUGACAAGAGACUUAGGUAUUAUAGACGCUUGUUUGUUAUGGAAACAACAACUAGACCGUCAGUUCGAUAAUUCUGAUGCUUGUCCUAUUUGUUAUUCAUUGUUCUAUCUUAGAACUACAACUAUCCCUAAUGUCGCUUGUAAGUGUUGUAGAAAAAAAUUCCAUAAACAAUGCAUUUUUGGUUGGUUUAGAUCAACUGGAAGACAUGACUGUCCUUUAUGUACAAGAAAUUUCUAUGGAGAAAAUAAGAAUUAA